AUGGGAUUAGGUUCAAUUACUUCUUGCGCUUGUGUUUUAAUCACUGGAGUAUUAGCGGCCUUACUUUCACUUGCUGGGAUUGCUGAAAUAGUAUUAACGUCACGAAUGUAUGACAUGGAGUUUAAUGAGAAGUAUUACAUCUUUUCAGGGGUCUAUGGGACGAUAUUACUUGGACUUGCGAUAUUGAUCAUCUCCUUUGUGAUUUUUGCGAUAUCGUGUUGCAAGAAGGCUUCAUGUUUUAAAAUGGUGUUAGCUAUUAUCGCUCCAAUAUGUGCAUUCUUCGCAAUCGUAUUUGGCGUGUAUCUCUUUGUCGUCGCUUUAAAAGUUAACGACGGGAUGUUCGAACCACUUUGGACUGAUACUGCUAACUUCGACACACGAUACGCCUUCGAAAACGAUUACAAUUGUUGUGGAUAUGACUCUCCGACUAUACUCUGUGGAUGUGAGUUAGAAACGAACAAUCCAGAUAAAUGUUCUCAAGACUGUUACGACAAAGCGUUUUACUUUACUGCUACAGUAUUUUAUUCUGAGGCUGCCACGUUUUUGGUUAUUAUGGUGACGUUGUUGUGUACCUCUGCAGCAUUGUUUGGGUCGGCUUUUUGUGGUAAAAAGAAGAGCGAUUAUUUCAAACUUUAA